AUGACCGAAACUGUCGUGAGUCCUGAAACCCGUCUGGAAAGACAGGUUAAGCUUUUUUGGGAGCUGGAAAGUGGGGACACAGGAGCCUUGCAGUCAGCAGCUCAUUCACUUGAGGACAAAAGAGUGUUGAGGCUAUGGUCAGAGACAGGCAUCAAAACUAAUGGUCAUUACCAAUUUCCCAUACCGUUCCGUAAUGAGAACACGGAACUCCCAAACAACAAGGCCGUGGCGGAGCGUCGACUAGAUGGGCUUCGAAGGAGACUAUCCAAGGACGCACGGCUGCGACAAGGAUACGUAGAGGAAAUAAAUAAACUGCUUGCUGAAGGAUAUGCUGAAUCAGUGCCUAAGUGCCAGUUGGAGUCAGAUACUGGACUGGUCUGGUAUCUGCCUCAUCACCCGGUGUUGAACCCAAAUAAGCCAAACAAAGUACGCAUAGUUUUUGACUGUGCAGCCAAACACAAGAGGACAUCGCUGAACGACCAGGUACUACAAGGUCCAGACUUCAACAACAAAUUACUUGGAGUCCUGUUUAGGUUUCGCCAAGGAACUACAGCCAUCAUGGCAGAUGUGGAGGCUAUGUACCAUCAAAUCCAUGUAGCGCUAGAACAUCGAGAUGCGUUAAGAUUCCUCUGGUGGGAGAAUGGGGACCUGAGUAGAGAGCCAGUAACUUACAGGAUGAAGGUGCACAUCUUUGGUGGGGUGUGGAGCCCUUCAUGUGCAACUUACGCUCUCCGGCGCACAUUUCAAGACCACAGAUCCGAGUUUCCCGACAUGGUGGCGCAAGUGGAAGUCAACUUCUACGUUGACGACCUGCUCAUGUCGCUGGACUCAUCAAAUGAAGCAUCAAUGUUAGCGUGUCAGCUUCGAAGACUGUUGGCGUGUGGAGGAUUUCGGUUAACUAAGUGGGCCAGUAAUCACAAAGGAGUGUUGGCUACCAUCCCACCGGAGGAGAGGCAAAAUGCACGGAAGGAAAUUGAUCUGAGGCAAGACAAAUUGCCAAUGGAGCGAGCCCUGGGGGUUAGGUGGCUCCUGGGAGGUGAUCAGCUCGCCAUCAAGGUGCAACCAAACUCAAGACCAGCGACCAGGAGAGGAGUAUUAAGCCUAGUCAGUUCUAUUUAUGACCCACUGGGGUUCGUGGCCCCAUUCAUUAUCAGGGCUAAAAUAUUAUUUCAGUGUGAAUGCAGGCGUCGAUUAGGGUGGGACGAAACUUUGUCGGCUGUUAAUCACACGACCUGGAGCACCUGGCUAGGAGAACUGGCCCACCUAGGGAAAUUAAGUGUACCCAGAUGCCUAAAAACAGCAUGUGCUAAAGAAAUCAUCUCAGCACAGUUGCACACCUUCUGCGAUGCAUCGCAGGCUGCUUACGGUGCGGUGACCUAUCUGAGAAUGGUAGACUCUGGCGGAAGUAUCCAGUGCUCUUUCGUGUACGGACGGGCCAAGCUGGCCCCACUCAAGCAACUGACAAUACCAAGGCUGGAACUUUGUGCAGCUGUCCUGGCAGUGAACGCUGAUCGAACGAUUAGCCGAGAAAUGACCAUGACCAUACACGAAUCUUAUUUUUGGACGGAUAGCAUGCUAGUCUUGCAGUACAUCGCCAAUUCGAGCAGACGAUUUCAAACGUUUGUAGCCAACAGGAUAGCAGUCACACAAGAGCUGUCAAGAACUGACCAGUGGAGACAUCGCUGA